AUGACCGCCAUCUUCAACUUCGAGUCGCUCCUCCUCGUCAUUCUCCUCGUCAUCUGCACCUGCACCUACGUACGAGCGACUGCGCCGGGCCUGAUCGACCGGAACAAGCAGGGAGUGUUGGGCAUCUUCUUCAAGUUCGCGCGGAUAGGAGAGCGGUUAUCGCCCUACGUCGCCCUCGCCUGCGUCGUCAUGGCGGUCCGAAGUCUCGUCGUCUAA